CAACAACAAGGUCCGCCAUCUUUGCCGUCGUUUCGCGUUGUGGAAUCUUAUUUGUAUGUUCUCUGCUGUUUAAACUAACGUUUUCCCUCUCCUCGGUUGUUUCUGUGGACACAAGUAUCUAAAAUGGAGAUUGUAUAUGUAUACACAAAGAAGAGAAGUGAAUUUGGACGUCAGUGCAACUUCUCUGAUCGUCAAGCAGAGCUCCAUGUAGACAUAGCUCCAGAUGAAAAACUUCUGCAAGACUACAUUGAGAAAAAUCCCUGUGAUACAGGAAUUCAAUGUGUUCAAGAAAUGUCGGAGCAUGAGGUGAAUACAGAGAGGUUUGAGACAGAAAGUCGUGGUAUAAACCAUGUGGAGGGUGGAUGGCCAAAAGAUGUAAAUCCCGCUGAGGUUGAACAAACCAUUAGGUACAGGAAAAAAGUGGAAAAGGACGAGAUCUACAUGAAUACCAUUCAACAACUUUCAAAUAUUAUGGAACACUGCAUCAAACAGAACAAUGCAAUUGACAUCUAUGAGGAGUACUUUUCAGACAUUGAUGUGGACACGUCUGGUGACCCACCAUCAGCCAAAACUAUCAAUGUAUUUAGAGAUCCUCAUGACACUAAGCGCACAGCUACCAGCCUUUCAUGGUAUCCAGAUAGUUCAGGGAAGCUGGCUGUGGCUUAUUCUAUUUUAGAGUUUCAGCAGUUUGCAGGAGAGACGGCCAUGGACUCAUACAUAUGGGACAUCGAAAAUCCAAAUAAACCAGAGUUGGCUUUGAAACCUGUGUCACCACUAGUUUGCCUGGAAUAUAACCCAAAAGAUCCUCAUAUUCUUGUUGGAGGAUGCUACAAUGGACAGUUAGGAUUUUGGGACACAAGAAAGGGAUCUCAUCCUGUGGAAAUGACAGCUAUUGAGCACAGCCACAGGGACCCUGUCUACAAAACAAUGUUCCUUCAGUCAAAAACAGGUACUGAAUUCUUUUCCACCAGUACUGAUGGGCGAGUUCUGUGGUGGGACAUUCGUAGAAUGGGUGGAGAACCUACAGAGUCCUUGCUACUCUGUCCAAACCCAAAGAAAGAUCCUAGGCCACAGGGAGCAUUCUCCUUAGAGUAUGAACCCACCAUGCCUACAAAGUUUAUGGUUGGAACAGAGCAAGGAUCAGUGUUGUCUUGUAAUAGAAAGGCAAAGUCACCUUCAGAGAAGAUUGUGUGUUCAUUUUCCCAGCAUUAUGGACCUGUGUAUGCAGUUCAGCGUAACCCAUUCUUCCCAAAGAACUUCUUGACCAUUGGAGACUGGACAGCAAGGAUAUGGUCUGAGGAUCUUAGAGAAUCAUCUAUUAUGUGGACUAAGCAACACAUGUCGUACAUGACAGAUGGAUGUUGGAGUCCUGUGCGGCCUGCUGUGUUCUUUACCACUAAAAUGGAUGGUACAUUGGAUGUGUGGGACUAUUUAUUCAAACAGAAUGACCCAACACUCAGUAUUCAAGUUUGUGACGAAUCUCUGAAUUCGCUCCGUGUGCAAGAGCAUGGCAGGUUGGUAGCCUGUGGUUCACACUCUGGUACUGUCACUCUACUGGAGUUGUCUGAUGGCCUGUGCAACAUUCAGAGAAAUGAGAAGGCUUCCGUCACUGCGAUGUUUGAAAGGGAAACAAAACGAGAAAAGAUUCUAGAAACAAGACAUCGUGAGAUGAGGCUGAAGGAACGAUCAAAAAGUUCUCAGGACAAAGAGGAAACACAUGAACAAGCUGAGGAGGAAGAAGGAGAGGAUUUGGUUAGCAAAGCAGAAGCUGAGUUCUUCAAGAUUGUUGAUGCGGAGAAGAAAGCUCUAGAGGAAGCUGAAAACAAAAGGAAUGCGGCCUUUUCUGAGGUGAAACAGGCCAUAGCGCAAGAGGGGGUCACUCAUGAAGAAUAUCAAGAAGGAGCUAGUGAAGAGAAGCAGUCUGACACGGCUCCACCAGAUGAUGCUGAAAGUUCCGAUAAAACUGAAGAAUCUGUGAAAGAGUAACAGUGGUUACUGAACAAUCGCAGCUGUCACUGCAGUAUCGCUAAUCAAGUGAAUUAUCAAUUUGACGAACGCUGUAAAUAGUUUGCAAGGUUUCUUGUUACCAAACUGUGUGUGUUAUGUACAGAAAAACGCAUCAAGAAAGGGUACGUUCAUUCCCUGGCUUUAUCGUGUAUGUAAAUAUCGUUUUAACAGUUCGUUCAAUUCUUUUAUUUUUGAAAUAAAGAACUGAAACUUAGUUACA